UUGAUUCCUCUCCCAACUGAUAACCCCAAAUCCAAACCCUAUAAAAUCUCAAUUCCUUCCAUCCCAAGAAACCAAACCAGCCAUGGAGGCAACACAUCUUCUCUACGAAGCAGCCAUGCAAGGCCGUGUGGAAACCUUAACUACCUUGCUCUCCAAAGACCCUCUCCUCCUCCACAGAACCUCCUCAAGACCUCAACCCCUCCUUACUCCUCCGAAACGCCUCUCCACGUGUCGGUGUUAUCGGGCCACCUCGCCUUCACCACCGCCCUUCUAGCCCGCAACCCUAACUUGGCCUCCAAGCUAGACUCCUCCAAGAGGUCUCCCCUCCACUUUGCAGCCGCCGAGGGCCACGCCGAGAUCGUAAAAGCUCUGCUGAUUGCCGAUAAGGAGGCUUGCCUUGUACGAGAAGAUGACGGCAGGAUUCCUCUUCACCAGGCCGCCGUCGGAGGCCACGUGGAGGCUAUCCGUGAGCUGGUGAGUUCUGUAGAGUCUGUGGUGAUCAUGGAGCUGGAUGUUGGCGGGGAUUCGUCGCUCCAUUUGUGCCUACAGUACAACCAUUUGAAAGCAUUGAAGGUUUUGGUGGAGGUCUUAAGUAAUGAUGGUGAUGCUGAUUUGAUUAACUUGCUGUCUUGCUGUCAUGCAUCUUGCUGUCAUGUUCAAGCGACUAGAGAGCUGAGUCCCAAGCACUUCAAAACCCCUGAAGUCCGCGACAUCCUAAUCCAAUCAGGCGCAACAACAACAACGAGAACUACGAAAAACAUCGACAAAACACCAUCACCGCCGCGGACAAUCGAAUCGCAAUCCAACAAGAACAAACGGUCGCCGUCAGUUAAAGCAGCAGCAGCAACAGGAAGGAAAAAGACUCUAAUGUCAUGGCUCUACGUGCUCUUGAACUGCCUCGAGUACCACUACCUGUGGGUCAACGAACAGCGCGAUGGGCUGAUGAUCGUAGCUACCUUGAUAGCCACGGUAACGUACCAAUCGGGCAUCAACCCGCCAGGAGGCGUCUGGCAACAGGACGCCAAAGAGCCAGACUACUGCAUUGACAGAGAUAUCAAUACAGAUUACGUUCAGUUUUCUACAACAAAUUCUCUCUACAAUAUUCCUAACAAAGAGUACAACGACUUCGUGCGUUACAACACGAUCGCGUUUGCUGCUUCCGCUGCAGUUAUCCUGCUGAUCUUGGGAGGGAUCCCUCUUCGGCACCAGUUCUGUGCGUGGUUGUUGACGCAGACUAUGUUCUUGGCGCUGACGUUCAUGGGCGGUGCUUAUAUGACCGGGCUGUAUAACGUUACACCGGACAAUGUGGUGGAUAACUUCAAUGACAUUUCCAAUAUUGUGCUGUGGGCAAGAAGAUGGUGCAGAAGUACUGCAACAAGAGCUCGUCGUCAUCUUUAA